AUGAAGUUCCCGGUGUGCUGUAUUCAUCAACACCUGAAAUCUAGGGUGACCAGACAUGGAUGUGUGGAUGCGAACGCCGCUGUGUACGGUGCAGCCAUCCUAGAGUACCUCACCACGGAGGAAUUUGAACUGGCAGGAAGUGCAUCAAAAGACUUAAAGGUAAAGUGUAUUACCCCUUGUCAUUUGCAACUUGCUAUUUGUGGAGAUGAAGAAUUGGACUAUGUCAUCAAGGCUACAAUUGCUGGUGGUGGUGUCAUCCCACACAUUCACAAAUCUCUGAUUGAAAAAAAGGGACAACAGAAGACUGUCUAAAAGAUGCCUGGAUUCCUUAUUACCUCAGGACUCUAAAUACUCUAACAGCCGUCCAGUGUUGGUAAUUCCUGUGGACUGUAUCUCUGUGAAAAACACAAUUUUGCCUUUUUGUAAUUCUAUUAAAGAAGUUGGAAGUUUAAUUAGCUUUCCAACCAACCAAAUUUCUGCAUUCGAGCCUUAACCAUAUUUUAAGUGUUACUGUGGCUUCAAAGUAGCUACUGAUUCCAAAGUAGUGGGUUUUGGUUGAGUUGACUGUUUAUAAAAAUAACUGCUUGGAUUUUAAUUGUGAUGCAGUAGUUACAGUAACAAACAUUUGGUUUCGUACAGAUAUUAUUUCCACUCCGGUGGAUAAGCUCAAUAAAGGUCACAUCCC